AUGGCAACAAUCCAGUCCGACAUCACCCUCGGAGACUACGUUGCAUGGGAAGAGAUUACAUUCGACUGGGCCCGCGCCUUUGACACCAAGGACUGGAACCUGCUCCUCUCGAUCCUCGCUCCCAAAUUCUCGCUCGACUACACCGAAGUUUAUGGAUUCAAAGAUGACAACAUGACCCCCGAAGCCUACGUGGCCAUGUGCAACAGCACCGAUAUGCUGGGCGAUCGAGGUGUCAAGACCCAGCAUCUCCUGGUGGCGUCCAAGGUGCGCAAAUUGUCCUCGACCAAGGCGACGGCAUGGCGACAGAUUCGAGCCGGGCACGUCAAAUUCGACAUCGACACCGCGCAAGAGACGGCGAAAGCGCACGGUCAGGGUAUGUUGCAGUUCUUCUACGAGAAGGUGGAUGAAAGCCAGUGGAAAUUGUGCGGGCUCAAGGCUUACAGUGACUUUUUCGAGGGCAAUAUCCGUAGUGUCUUUCCGACUUUUCCAGAGGUCGACAUGAAGUUCUAG